AGAGUGAGUCCGGGGAUAAUGUUGGCCUUGUGUAAUUUUUUUCUAGACAUUCGUGGUGUUUCAAAUAUGAAGAGAUAAAUCUAUCAAAAAUAAAUAUUCACAACGACUAUUAAACUCGGAAUUUUGACCCCCCCCCCGAUUAACGGUUUCGUCAGUUCCUCAUAUUAUUUAACCCUCUUUUUCCCCCAAAUUCAAUUCAAUUAGAGAUACCAUAUUGUCAUCAAAAUUCGUUUCGAGUCGACUGCUGUGACUGUGUGAAAGAAAGAACGGAAAAAGACGGAAUGGCGGAGGAAAAGAAUGAAACCCCAAUGACUGAUGAAUCUGAGGAGGAGGAGGAGGAAGGAGGACCAGGAGUCCAGAUGAUAGAACCUCCGGAACCAGAACCAGUUGCUUUAGAUCCAAAUGCUUAUGAUGUAGAUCUUACACACAAGAGAGUGACUAAUCUCAAUGGCUUUGAAGUACUGAGACAGGUGGAGACAUUGUGUCUGCGUCAGAAUGAAAUCAGGAAGAUUGAAAACUUUGAGAAUUUGACGACAUUGACAGAUUUAGACCUUUAUGAUAAUCAACUGAAGAAAAUUGAAGGUCUCCAGACUCUAGUAAAUAUGAGAAUUCUAGAUCUGUCUUUCAACAAGAUCAGGACCAUAGAGAAUCUGGAAACAUUGGUCAAAAUUGAAAGAAUCUUCCUCAUCAAUAACAAGAUCUCAAAGAUUGAAAAUAUCAGCCAUUUUACCAAUCUUAACAUGCUAGAGCUGGGGGAUAAUAGGAUACGAAAAUUAGAGAACCUUGAUGCAUUGGUCAACCUUGAGAGUUUAUUUGUUGGGAAGAACAAGAUCACUAAACUGGAGAACUUAGAGAAACUUACAAAGCUACGAGUUCUUAGUAUACAGAGUAAUCGUAUCACCAAGCUGGAAGGCUUGGAAACUUUGACAAACCUGGAAGAACUCUACAUUAGUCACAAUGGUCUAGAAGUCAUGGAAAAUCUAGAAAACAAUGCUAAACUCACCACUCUAGAUCUAGCAGGUAACAAGAUUACAAGAAUACAGAAAAUUGGUCAUCUAGUACAUCUCGAAGAGUUUUGGUUCAACAACAAUCUCUUAAAUCAUUGGAAGGAUGUGGAUCAGCUUACUCCUCUCUCCAACCUACAAACAGUCUACUUAGAACACAAUCCUAUCUACAAAGACAAGAUGUACAGGAACAAGGUCAAACUAGCAGUCCCCCAUCUCAAGCAAAUCGAUGCAACCUACUGCCGGUAGGACCCUCACUUCUGAGAGGGUUUGCUCAGCAUCAAACUUCAUCCAUCAUAGGCCCAACUUUGCAUCUUAGGAACAAGGUCAAAAUAGCAGUCCCCCACCUCAAGCAAAUCGAUGCAACCUACUGCGGUUAGGACCCUCACUUUUGCUGGGAUUUGCUUAGCAUCAAACCCUAUCGCUCAUUGAAACUUACCUACAGUCCUAGUCUGAAUGUUGCACCUUAAGAACAAAGUUAAACUGGCAGAAUGGCACCUGAAGCAAAUUGAUGCAACCGAAGUACUGCAGGCAAUAGCGGUCAGUAACAUGCACCUGCUAGGAUUGCUCAGCAUAGAAACUCCACCCUCCGAGAAAUCUUUGCACCUUAGGAACUUGUAAGUACCCUCCCACCUCAAGCAAAUCGGUGCAACCUACUGCCGUCAAUAGCGGCUGGCAGAACCCUUACUUCUGCUAGCAAUCGCUCAGCAUCCAACUCCUUCCCACAUAGAAAUCUUACGUUCAGUCAAAGACUCAACUUUUUCUUAGGUUGUUGGCUCAAUUUGCAAUACAGUGAUUUCCUCAUGCAAACCAUGUUGCUACUGCCUUUUCUCCACUAACAAUGCACUGAAGUGAAAUUAGCAUGGUAUAGUGCUUCUGAAUCUUGCUUUUACCAGAGAGCCUAGGGUCAUGUGCUUAUACAUCCCACCAUGUCAUAAAUUUCCAGUGGUAAGAUGCUAUUCUACAAGAAAUUACGUUUUAUUAUUUCCCUGAACUUAAUGAAGGGGUACAGGGGGAGGGGUAAGGAAAACAAUAUAACAAUCUAUAAGGUUCCUCCUAUUAUAUUUUAACUUCAUCCAAAAGAUGAAAGUGUGUUGUCUUUUCACAAGUUGCCCAUGCAUUCAUACCAAUCUCGACUAUUGCAUCUGUGUACCAUAGAGAUAAGAAGCUAUGGAGUUAAGAGUGGUAGGGUCCCAUUUACCUUUUUAUAACAUGAACCCAAGAUUAUGCUACACAUAUGCAUUAAAUUGACUUGCCAAAGUUGUACUUGGUUUUUACGAGUGUUUUCAUACUUUAACUUUGCUUUAUAUCUUGCUCAUUGGUAUUACUUAUGAAAGGGUUUUGGUUUUCACAAUUACAUACUCUUUUCUGUUUACAUUGUUUGUCUGAAUGUGUUCUGUUUGUAUGGCACAGAUUACUCAUGGCUGAUUUUGAAUGAAUUGUUGGAUCAUUUUGCUUCUAGCAAGCGUCAAAAUGAUAUUGAUCAAGUCAUACAUGUUUUAAACGAAGGUUUUAUCUGUAAGUGUAACCUCAAGGAAACAAAACAAUAUAGACGGUCUUGUUUUAGAAGGGCACUUCUUGCCAUUGAUUGUGUAUUCGCAUGAAAAAUGAUCUUGAAUGGCUUCAACCAUCACCAGGGUUCAGUUUCAUAAAGACUUGUCAUAUCAACCAAUCAAAUUGAAUGAUUUUAGUAGCUUUAAACAGUUAUUGCAUAUUUGUUAUUGUAACAAGUUUUAUGAAGUGGAACCCUGAAUGCAAGAAAUUCAAGGGAAAUAUUUUCCUGCGACGGCUGCUGUAUGAGGAGCCACUCGAUGUGGCUGCCAACCAUUUUGUUUUCUUUUGUUAAAAACAAUUUACCUCUUGAAUCAAUGUUGAAUCAGAAUGAAACCCUUGAAACAAGAUAGCUUGUGCAAAAACAGAAAAUUCAAAGAAACAGAUAAACAAAAGUUCGAGAAAAAUUGAAUGAAUAAUAAGAAAGUUCCGAGCAUUUGAAGUUUAGAUCAUUUUUUUAAAUGUAGAUCCUCCUAUUGGCAAUGCAACAAAGAUGUGUGACGUCACAUGUGAACAACUUUCCAUUAUUUUUCUAUAUAUUUCACUUUAAAUGCCUGUUUGAUCACAUCUAUCAGUAGAUUAUGUAUUCUUUUAAUAGGAGGGCAUGUACAGUUAUACAGAUUCUCAAAGAAUACAUUAUGGAUAAAAUAUACAUUUUCGGGGUAUUUUAUAGUCCAUCAAAGGGAAAAUUGUUCACAUGUGACAUCACAAAUAUUUGUCGCAUUGCCCAAGGAGGGUCUCCAUAGCAUUAGUGAUUGCAAUAUUCAAAUGCUCAUAACUUUUUCAUUAUUUGUCAGAUUUUUCUCAAACUUGCUUUGAUCUUACUCUUUGAAUUUUCUGUUUCCACAAAAGCCAACUUGUUCCAAAGGUUUCAUUCCCCUUUAAAUAUUUCAUCUUCCAUUGUAAUGCAAGUUAUCGAUCAUGGUCAGAUGAUGACAUAUAAAACUAGCUAUUAUUGUUAUUUUGGUGCCAAUUUGCUGGUAAAUGAGAUGUACUUCUCCAUAAGAUAGAAAUGUGCUAUUAAAGCACAGGUCACUACAUGUUACUAGUCAAAGGACCAUGAACAUCGUCAACAAGAUGGAAAAAUUAAUUCAGAUAUUGAUAUUAUAUUGUCCAAUUAUAUAUCUAAUUUACAAUGAUUCUAGAAGGAAUAAUAUAUAUUAAUUUUGAUACUAGCUAUAGAGAUUUAUUAAUGGACUAUUCUUUACAAUUCUUUAAUAUACCUUGUAAUUUGCUGGUCUAUCCAGUAUUUCUGACACUUUUGAGGAGAUUAAGUAAUUGGAAUUUUUUUGUGCACUUCCCUUUGUUUUCUUGUUCAUUUUCAGGCUGAUUGUUUGAAGCAAACUGAAAACCAAUUUUUGAAAAAUGCUUUUAUCACUGCGCUUCCCACACCUCAACACCACUUCAAAAUGUCAAUGGAUACAAGUAACUGAGUACUGGAGCGUUAUUGUUGAAAUAUUGUUGGAAAAAAAUGGUUGUUUAAUAAAUAUAUACAUACAAUGUCAGGUUUUAGAAAGUAUAAGCAUUGAUGUAAAAUAGGUAUUGAAAUUUUGUAUUGUAUGUACAUUGAAUAUUAUCUUGGAAUACUUAUAGUAAACUUUGAGUGUUGAUAUUGUUUUUGAAUUAAUGUACAGACUUUGCAACUUGAUAUUGCAUCAAAUAAAAGAUUUCUGUAGAAAAUA